AAGGGAUGUGAAUGUGUGUGAGUGGCUUUGACCUACAUCUGGUGAAAAUGCACAAAACCCAAUCCAUAAUCUGAGGGACAUACCGAGACUCGCUUCCUACUGCUUUACAUUUCUACAAUGAGCUGGCUGUGUGUGUGUGAUGAUGAGGAUGAUGAAAUAUCAGAGGUGGUGGUGCUGCUAGCAGUGAGGGGGUGUGUGUUUGGGGCAGCAUACAUUGUGUUAGCUACUUCAUUGAAAGACAAUGGAGGACAAGAUGUUGUGUGUAGUGUCACCCACGUGCUUCUGCACCACUAUUGUCUGCCCUCCCUCCCUAGGAGGGGGAGACGAGGGGCGAAAGGAGGAGGAGGAUGUGGGAGGAGGUGGUGGGUUAGUUGACUGCUCUGUGUGUGCGUGUGUGUGUGUGUGUGCGUGGAGAAGCACAGACGGCUCGUGGUAAUUUGAUGUGUGUCCCCGGGGAUGUUUGAUGGAUUAAUGCUAAGCAGCUCCCUCAUCCAAAGCACCACCUGAUCUUUGGGGCUUGUGCCCCACAUAUAAAAGGCUGCAGUAGUGCUGAGCUCAGCUCGUCCAGCCGUCUCUCCCUCCCUCUCUCUCUGCCUCUCUCUGCCUCCGUUUCUCCUUCGCCACUUUCUGUCUUCCUCUCCAUCCUCACUGUCCUCUGCUUUCUCUCUGUCUCUCUUUCUGCUGCUUUCACUACAUUUCUCUCUCUUUUUCUCCUCUCUGGCUUUAGACCUUUGAGUCCAGGACAGAUUUCUCUGUAAACCUUUUUGGAUUUGGGCUUCAAUCCUCUGGCGUUUGGCCUUUUGGGAAGGCCGCUCGGAAGCUCAGCACAUUUCUCUUUUCUUUUUUUUUUUUUGUCUUUUGUUGUUAUCACUAGCCUGGUUUUCUAUGAGGAUCUAGCAACAGCUUUUUUUUUUCUUUAAUCAGGGAAAGAAAAUGCCACGUUCCUUUUUGGUGAAGCAGCCGAAGGUUCACGAUUUCUCGUCUUCCAACUACUACCAUCAGCACCAUCAGCACUGGGACGACUCGAGCACCGUCACGCAUGCCAUCACAGAGUCAGCCACCAACUUGGCGGUGCGCUUGAGCGAAAAUGGAUAUAUCCACGAUUACAUCAUCCCCUCGGUGUUGCAGACCACAAAGGAGCCAGGUCAUGAGCCGACCGGGCUCUCCUCGCUGCCCCUGUACUCCCCGGGCGGCAGCAGCGGGGAGGAGUUCUCCGACCACGACAUGGAGCACCCGGACAGUCCCGUCUCCAGCGGCACGGUGGAGUCGGACGGCAGCAGCCCCGAACUGGAGUCGUGCGGCAUCGGCGCCUUCCUCGUCUCCGACGGUCGCUCCCGCCGGAGGCCCAGCCAGAGGCGCCCCCGCAAGGCCGGCAGCCAGUCGGACAGCAGCGAGGGCGGCAGCUCGGCCGACUGCAGUCCCGUGAAAGGGAAAUCCAAAGGUCGCUACGUGUGCGGCGAGUGCGAAAAGUCCUACGCCACGUCCUCCAACCUGAGCCGACACAAGCAGACGCACCGCAGCCUGGACAGCCAGCAGGCCAGGAAGUGCCCCACCUGCCACAAGGUGUACGUGUCCAUGCCGGCGCUGGCCAUGCACAUGCUGACCCACGACCUGAAGCACGAGUGCACAGUGUGCGGCAAAGCCUUCAGUCGACCCUGGCUCCUGCAGGGCCACAUGAGGUCCCACACCGGGGAGAAACCGUUCGCGUGUGCCCACUGCGGCAAGGCCUUCGCCGACCGCUCCAACCUGCGCGCCCACAUGCAGACGCACUCGGCCUUCAAGCACUACUCCUGCAAGCGCUGCUGCAAGAGCUUCGCACUCAAGUCCUAUCUGAACAAGCACUACGAGUCGGCCUGCUUCAAGGGGCAGCAGCUGGACGACGACUGCAGCUCUGAGGACUGAUGGCGUAUCGUGUAUUCCUCUUUUUAAUUUGUAUUUAUACGCUUUUUAAUACAAAGAAAGUCAGAGAAAAGCUUCUUCUCUGGCUUUCACUUGCAUGCAUCAUAAUCCCGCCUUUUGAUAUAAGCAAUAACCCCACUUGAAAUUAUUCAGGAAUUAUGUAUGAAAUUCACAAGUAUAGAAUAUUUUAUAUUGUUUUUUAUAAAUUGAAAUUGCAAUAAUUUAAAUGCCAGUAUUAUUUUAUAUGCCAACGAGCUCUUAAGUUACCUCAAACAUAUCUUAUGCGUUACAAAAAGUAUUUGUGUAUUUAUUAAUUUAUUGAACUAUUUAUUUGCCAAUUCGGAAGAUUAUUUAUUUAUUAUUGGUUGAUGUAUUUGUGAAUUUAACAUGGAUUCAUGAAAAGCUGUGUAUUGGAUUUGUUGAAAACAAAAGCCAAAAUAUAUUCCGACACUCUAUAUUUCUCUGUCUGAUCAAUUUGAUGAUGACAAUAAAACGGAUAAAAGAAUUACUUAAACUCUCCUAUGCCUGAAUACAUGCAAAGAUGAAACAACUUUUAAAGUUGAGCAAUUUAAUUAUUAAGGGCAGUGACCUCUUGACAGUUUGAUCGUGGGGAAAAGUGAUAAUAAGUUCAAUAAUGAACCAGUUAGAAUCCAAAAUGUACAGACCAGGAAGUAGUUCCCCGACGGUCCAGUAAAGGGCGCUCUUCAAAUGUUCAGUAUUUAAGUGUUUUGGGUUCUAAAGGGUAGAUGUCAAAAUGCCAAAUAAAGAUGGCCUGAGGAUUUACUGGCUAGCUGCGUACUGAGUAAAGUUGUAACCUCUCUUAGGACGAGGAUUUAAUAACUAACUAACUAAACUGAUAAACUGGUACAAUCACAAAGUGAAUUAUGCUAUUAAUAGUGCUAUAAACUACUCUUCCAGACGAUCUAGUCUAGUUCGGCUAGCAGCGUCCAGCUCGUCCGUUGGCUGUUGUUCUUGGUCCCUCUGGUCAAAUCUGAAAACCCUGCCUAGCAUAACUGAUUUUUAUUUAAUCCAAGAGCACAAUACCUUUGAUGAUUAUACAGUUGACCUAAAGCUUCUUCAAGUAAACAUAAUAUGGCAUGAAAUAGAUCACAUUUAUCAUCUAAUAUGUAUCCCCAUUCUACUCGUAACAUAUUUCAUAUAACAUAACAUUAUUUUACUAUCAUCAUAAACAUAAUAUUUAACUCAUUUGGUAUAGACCAAAAUCUCAAAUUUCCCUCCCAGGAGUAGGUGCCGACACAUAGACCUGCUAAUUACUUUGAACCUAUAAACUAGAUCAUACUACAGGCUCCGUUAUAAAUAAUGCAAGCAAAAUGAUUCGUCCGAUGUCUUUAGAUCUGCAUUCUCUCUGUUGACCAUCAGGGGGCGACUGCUCCGGGUGCAAAAUAACUCAACACCACAUCUCACAUGAUUUAUUUCCUUAGUAACUAUGAAACCUAGUUCCAUGAUUUAAAUAAUGACUCAUGUAGAGUCAAAUAGACCAUUAAACAGAGUAUAUUACUGUGAUUGACAGCUGGCUGAUGA